GCCGGGUUCUUCUUCCGGACACGUUAUUGUUGCAUCAGCAUCCAAACAUCCAGCACUGUGGCCAUGUCGACUCCAGCAGAGACAGCCUUUGAGUUUGGCUUCUUGCUACAGAUAAAUGAGGAGGCCGCGCUGGCAGCGGCCCUGAAUGACUACCUCUCCUCACGCAGCUACCUGGCUGGGUUCAGCCCCUCCCAGGCCGACCAGAAAGCCUUUACGCUCCUCCGCAGGCCCCCAGACCCGCAACACGUGCACACUCUGCGCUGGUACAGACACAUAGCAGCCCUGCAGCAGGACUUCCGCCCAGAGAGCAGCACGAAGGGAAAGCGGGUUCAGCCUCCCUGGUCUCCACCAGCAGGAACAGACGUUCCCCAGCUUCGCCUCUACAACAGCCUGACCAGAGCAAAGGAGCCGUUUGUUCCCCAGAAAGGGAAUAAAGUGACGUGGUACUGCUGCGGACCGACCGUGUACGAUGCCUCACACAUGGGACACGCCAGAUCCUACAUAUCUUUUGAUAUUCUGCGAAGGACGCUGAAGGACUACUUCAAAUAUGACGUCUUUUACUGCAUAAACAUCACAGACAUCGAUGACAAAAUCAUUAAACGAGCUCGGCAGAACUACCUUCUGGAGCAGUACAAGGAGAAGAAGCCGCAACCUGCUCAAAUACUGCAGGAUGUCCUGAGCGCCAGAGGGCCUUUCCAGGCCAGCUUGGCUUCGACCACAGACCCAGAUAAGAAGCAUAUGAUGGAGAGGCUGGACGCUGCUGUUGCAGACGCUCUGAAGCCCCUGCAGGCGGCGAUGGAGAGCAAAGCAGCUGACGCAGCUGUGCAACCUCUGGCCCAGGUGUUGUUGGAGAACUCCAAGGACCUGCUGGCCGACUGGCUGGACAAACAGUUUGGAAGUCAAGUCUCAGAGAACUCAAUCUUCUCCAUCCUCCCAAAAUACUGGGAGGGAGAGUAUCAUAAAGACAUGGCCGCUCUAAACGUUCUCCCUCCUGACGUCCUCACUCGAGUCAGCGAGUACGUCCCCGAGAUCGUGGAGUUUGUGAAGAAGGUUGUCUCAAAUGGUUACGGGUAUGAGUCAAACGGUUCAGUCUACUUCAACACCUCCAAGUUCGAUUCCAGUCCGCAGCACUCGUACGCCAAGCUGGUGCCGGAGGCGGUCGGAGAUCAGAAAGCUUUACAGGAGGGAGAAGGGGACCUGAGCAUCUCUGCAGAGAGGUUAAGUGAGAAAAAGUCCCAGAAUGACUUUGCCUUGUGGAAAGCCUCCAAACCUGGAGAGCCUUCAUGGGACUCUCCGUGGGGGAAGGGACGACCUGGAUGGCACAUCGAGUGCUCAGCCAUGGCUGGCUCCAUCUUGGGAGAGUCGAUGGACAUCCACGGUGGAGGGUUUGAUCUCCGUUUUCCUCAUCACGACAACGAGUUGGCUCAGUCUGAGGCUUUCUUUGAGAACGACCACUGGGUGCGUUACUUCCUGCACACCGGACACCUGACCAUCGCCGGCUGCAAGAUGUCCAAGUCUCUGAAGAACUUCAUCACCAUUAAGGACGCCUUAGCAAAGAACACAGCUCGUCAGCUGCGCCUGGCCUUCCUGAUGCACUCCUGGAAGGACACUCUGGACUAUUCACCCAACACAAUGGAGUCAGCCGUCCAGUACGAGAAGUUCAUGAACGAGUUCUUCCUCAAUGUGAAAGACAUCCUGCGAGCUCCGACUGACAUCACCGGUCAGUUUGAGAAGUGGGAGGAAGCUGAGGUGGAGCUCAACAACUGUUUCUACGACAGGAAAGCUGCCGUCCACGAGGCUCUGUGCGACAACAUCGACACCCGCACCGCCAUGGAGGAGAUGAGGGUGCUGGUCGGUCAGAGCAACACCUACAUCGCCAGCAGGAAGAGCGCCAAGCUGAGGCCCAACCGCAUGCUGAUGGAAAGUAUCGCUACGUACCUCACCAGCAUGCUGAAGAUAUUUGGCGCAGUUGAAGGAUCGGACCCCAUCGGUUUCCCCGUUGGAGGACAAGGUCAGGGUGUCGAUCUGGAGACCACAGUGAUGCCGUACCUCACAGUGCUGUCGGACUUCAGAGAGGACGUCCGCAAAAUUGCCCGAGAGAAGAAAGUGAUGGAGUUGCUGCAGCUCUGCGAUGUCAUCCGUGAUGAUACUUUACCGGAGCUGGGAGUCCGACUGGAAGAUCAUGAAGGUCUGCCCACUGUGGUGAAACUGGUGGACAGGGAGACUUUACUGAAGGAGAAAGAGGAGAAGCACAAGAUGGAAGAAGAAAAGAAAAAGAAGAAGGAAGAAGCUGCCAAGAAGAAACAGGAGCAGGAGAUGGCUAAACUGGCCAAGAUGAAGACGCCUCCAUGUGAAAUGUUUCGCUCUGAAACUGACAAAUAUUCCAACUUUGAUGACACGGGUUUUCCCACUCAUGAUGCCGAAGGGAAGGAGCUCAGCAAAGGACAAGCCAAGAAGCUGCGCAAGCUGUACGAGGCGCAGGAGAAACUGCACAAUGAGUUUCUUCAGAUGAACCUAAACGGCAACUGAUUGUGUUCACCAGCGACCAGAGCAGCCAUCCACUCCACCUGCAGAAUAAAUGUUAACGGCCACAGACGCUGGCUCACCGUUUGUCUCCUGUUUGUCUCGUUUCGGAUCGGAAAACAAGCGAUUUUUUUUUUUCUUGAUUUUUUUUCAGAAUGACGGUUACAGUUCACUGUGAGUGAUUUUUCAAAAUAGGAGAGGGAAGAAAUCACUGACAGAAACAGACUUUUUCUCUUUUUCUGUUUGACUUUGGUCGUCUUUCACAUCAGCAGAAUGUGGCCGAUAAGAGAAGCGAGGCGACGGUGCAGAACUCUGCAGGGUUUGACUGAAACUUUGUACUGCUUGAUUUUAAUACAAAUAGAAGCACCUGCACACAUGGGUGACAAAUUAAAAGACAAACCAACAUUAUGUGUUUCUGUGAAGUGUUAAAAACCUCCAUCAUAGAUACUCCAGGUCUUUGCUAGAAUAAUGAACACGGCUCUUCCAAUAGAUAUUCUCUCAUUCUGUGUUUAUAUGAUGGUCGUGUGUUGCUGUCAAACAUGUUCAGAUUCCCAUCCGACAUACUCUGGGUUUGUCUUUAAUUUGUCACCUAUUUUUUUUAGCUGAAUGCGCUAGAGCUGCAACUAAUGAUUUUUUUUUUUUGUGGAUUCAUCUGCGGAUUAUUUCCACAAUUCAUUUUGUCUGUAAAACUGAAGAAAAUAAAGGAAAAUUCCCAUUUUAAUCUCUCACAGCAGAGGGGAUUGUUCAGAUUGCUUGUUUUAUUUGAGAAAACUUCAACUUUAUGAUCUUAUUUGGUUAUUAAAAGCAGAAAAAUUGUCACAUCGUAAAAGCUGGAAACGUCUAAUGUUGGCACUUCAGCCUGAAAAAUGACAAACGAUUGAUUCAUAGUUGCAGCUCUAGAGGGUCACUAAGAAAAAUCAGUACUGAGUCAAUGCUGGUUUUAUUACUGUAGUUAGAUUUGUGCCACUUUAAUCAAAUAAAACUCUUCAUUAGCAUUUCAGUACAUCCAGCACGAGAGGUUGGUGUCAGAACUGCGACACAAACAAAAAACUGGUGAAGGUAAAAGUCUAAUCAGAGAAAACGAAGCAGAACGCUGAAAACAAAAGGACCAAAUCAUUUGUUUGCAAGUUAUACUUUUAGGAUAAUUUUUAUUUUCUCUCUCAACUUACUAUUGUUUGAUAUUUAAGAAAGUUUGUUUGAUUAUAUUGACACAAAUCUGACUGAUCGGUUAUGGCAUUUGCAUUUUUAGGACCUUUUUAUAGAACAUUCUCAUUUUAUACAACGACAAAACAAAAAAAGCCAUCUUUCGUUAGGAACCUGUUUUACAGACUCAUGGCAAACCGUCAGCUAUCUGUGUUGAAACAUUACAGGUAUUAUAUAUACAAAACAUUGUGGUGUAUUCUUACAUUAUUUUUUUUAAGUCAAUUAAAAAGUAAAAAGCAAUCGCCUGAUGACAGGGCAGUCAUUGGUUUGUGAUAACUUACACUUGGUUUGAAUCCGUAAAAGGAAAAAGGAGCUGCAGGGUGUUUUUUGAUAGAUUUUACUGCUGUAUCCCAAAAAAAAAAUAAUUCUGUACCAGAAACAUUUGAGAUAAUUCAGUUUUCUGCACAUAUGUAUCCAUCAUUCCAUGUUUCAUGUACGGGUCAUUUGAUGCUGCCUCACUUCACCCUGCCUUUCUGCCGUUUUAUAUAUCUGCCAUUAAUUUGACCAAUUCUUCCAUUAAUGCCUCAAGAAGUUUUUCGGAAUUCUCCUUUGGAAAAUAUGCAAUUAGUAAUAGCUUAAAAAGUGGGUUUUUAGCUCUGAAGCUUCAUGCAGGACCAGAUGAAUUCUAGAGAAUAUUAAUAACACAGAAUCUGAAUUCGACUGCAAAAAGUGAAAACUAGUGGAGAUGUAAACUGGAAAUUGAAGAUUUAUUGCUUCAUUCAUUGUUAUUAAUUACAGCUCACAUUUCAAAUCAAUACCAUGAGAACAAGCGAUUGAUAAGGCUUUUUAAAAAAUUCAUACCUAAAGAAGGAUUUUGAGCAGAACUUUGAGAAUUUUUUUAUCCCCUGACAUGAGCUGGGAGGGUUACGUGAGCUGGCAUGAAGUGACCUCUCUGGUGAGUUUACUGUAUAAUCUUAAAGAAUAAGGCUCAUAGUAUUCUAGGUUUUUGUUACAACAGCUGUAGCUUUUUACAAAUCUUUAAAACCCUUUCUUGGGAACUACUUUCAGUUGUGGAAUAAUACACAUUUUAUGAGGAUUUCAUUGAUGGCACAGGAGGAUUUGUUAUCGCAAAAAAAAAUCUAAACUAUAAGCAGAUUGUCCCUUAAAUUUGGGCAGCUCUUCUUUUUGCCGCCAUACAAAUAUAACCUCCUGUUCAUCUCUUGUGGCUUUGACUGAAAACCGCGUGACCAGGUUCUUGUUAUUCUUCAGCCGUCCAUUAGGGUUUUUGUAUUUUUGUACUGUUUAUUCAUUGCACAUCCAUUCAUAUAGGAGGGAGUUCUGACAAAGAGCACCGCUGAUUUCUAGUAGAGAAAUAGGAUCGCUCAGCUUUGUGAACUUGUAAAACGUCAGGACUUUUAUUUUAAACCCCGUUAGGGCAGGAUGUUGUCAUUACCGCAGAGGUUGGAGCAUCAGAGGAACCCAACUGAAAGAUAUAUAGAUUUAUAUUGAUGCUUUCAUUUUCGCUGUCUCAAUAAACGCUUGAACUGGAGCAGGCA